AUGGCCGAUGUUACAGACGACUGGAUUGUCGCUGACAGCGAAUUCGAAGAUGCUUCACGACCUCUUCAAAUUGCUGACCGAAGCGGCCUCUUGAGCGGAACCCCGUUUUCUACGGGCCCGGAAAAGAUGCUACAGCACUGCUUCAUUUAUUACCAGUCAAGCACAGAUCCCCAGCGAGGACGUGAACCUCUUGACACAAGUAAUGUAUCUCUGUUUACACCACCUCCAGGACACCAAGACUCUGAACCACCAAAUCCUUCUCUGCUGUUCCCUCGUGGCGCAGGAACACCUGUACCGAAGUCUAAACCGCGCCCACGUCCUGUGCCGCGAAAGUCUAAGUCUCGAACUACGAGUACCAUAUAUGACGACUUCAUCAAAGACGAUGAACUUUGUUCCUCUGGCUCACUCAUCGACUCUGCAUCUGCGAUUCCAGCCAGUACCUUGACUGCAGAUAGCAUCCACCCUCCAACCACACCAUCUGCGGUUUCAGAUCUCAUCGAGGAGGUCGAUCCUGUGUUUAGCGUUGCUGACCGAGCCAAGACGUGGACUCGAAAGACUCAGGUCAAGAAGCCGACUUACGUGCCUGUCAACCAUGAUGUGAUAGAGUUAACAUCUGACUCCGAUCUCGACGAACUAUCACUCGAGCCUCCACGGAAGCGGCAGAAAUCCCAAGACAAGCCUGUCAAGCCCAAGCCGAGACCCAGGCCUAAACCGAAGCCUAAAGCUAGGACAUCGCCUUCACUGGAGGUUCAUGAAGAAAGCAUUGUCGAUACUCAGCCGAGCAACAUUGUGGUUCUUCCUGCACCACAAAAGCCAGCGCUUCCGUCUCAACUAUCUUCUACAACAUCACGCCUCCCGUCUUCUAUUCCUGCUUUACCCGAUUUGUCUUCUCCGCCCUCUUCUCCACCCGAGAUAACUCACGUCCCCGAUACUUCGUCGUCAUCUAUUAUAGCACCUCCUCUAUUCUUUGCACCAUUGUCGCCCGUCGUCCCAGAAAUCGACGAUUCGCACACACUUGAAGACGAAAACGGAAACGGGGACGUAGACAUCAUCGUUGCUGCAAACAAGGGCAAGAAAAAGGACACAAAGUUGUCUUCUCGUGCGAAGGGGAAGAAAAAAGGUCAGAAGCAGGAUGACAGAAUCGAACUCAACGAUCUUGCGCACAAAUUCCCCAUGGAUGAACCAGCUGCAGGUAAUAAUGCCCUCGAAGACGACGAUUUCAUUGAGGCCCCAACUUCGGCACCUCAUUUUGAAGACGGUCUCUGAGUCCAUCAGCCAGCUACACCGAGAAAUUGUCAAUGUCAAGACCUAUAGCAAAUGAUUCGAAUAAAUACUGCGACGAAAAUAUUGCCUAAACUAUGUCUCCUUGACAUCUAUUUUGUGACACUAAAUAACUACUUGAGCACCGCAUCGGAGGGAAACAAAAAAACAUAUUUCCCGUGCUCCCUGCAAGCACUAGACAAAGGUUCGCGUCAACUUCACCGAGCAUUACACACCACUGCCAGUCGAUAUAUGCACACGCUCGUGGAAAGCGAUUGAGGUCAUGCCGGUUGCUGCAUCGGAGU